AGUCGAAAAAUUAUUUUCAGUUUCAAAAUUUCUUUCUUCGAGUAUCAUGCAUCCUCAACCGCCGCAUGCCCAGCGCACCGGUUCUCCCCAUUCCUCCAACCACACCCCGAAACUUCCAUCAGCAGGCGUUGGCAGCGGUGCUAAACCCGCGCCUAGACAUGCCUCACUGCACCUGACGCACGUUCUCUUUUUCCCCUUCCUCCACAUUUUUGACAUCUUAACCACAUUGACCCUGUUUCUCUUGUGGUCCGGCCCGCGCCGUUUAUUCUCCUACGUUUUCCCCACACCCCCGAAGCAGAUUUCUGAGAAUCGUCGCCGAUUGAUCAUGUCGGGACCGAGUUUCAAUCGCGAUGAUAAAAAUCGCGCGUCGGGUUCGUCGCGGACACCCAAGGAGAUUGACAUUGAUUCCUAUCAGAAAUUCCACAAAUUUGGCUAUGAUUUGAUGUGCAAGGCGUUGACCAUGGAUGAGGGAAGCUCGGUGGAUGAAGACAAGAAAACGGCGGUGGCGCUGUAUGUUCAAGCUAUCCUGGAGUUGGAGCGCGGAGUCGCGGCCAUCGACAGUAUUCCCGAUGCCCUGAAAGUUUCUGAAGCGGAUCGCUUUGAACGCGUGCAGGUGAUAAAAAACAAAAUCAUGCGGAAUUUGGAAAUGGCGAAAGAGCGUGUGACCAUUCUCGGCGAUGAAUUGGAGGCGAAUAUGCUGGCACCGGCCAAGAAACCCGCCGAGCAGCCGAAGCGACCGAUUACGAAAGCCCGCAACAGCAAUGUGAAAGGAUUGACGUUAAUGCCCGGACAGAAAUUCAAUAAUGCGGCGAAAAUCGCUCCCGUCUCUCCGACGCCGCAGCGCACUUCAAAUGUGAUACCGAAGAGCACCGGCGCCAAGACCUCCCGCAGUCCCUCGGGCGGGCGCGGGGGCGCCAACGCCCGCCGCCCACUGCCGACCUCCACCACCACCGCCCGCGCGCCCCGCCCCACCUCCCGCGAGGACCCCGCCUCGCCGGGGCCGCCCGUGACGCCGCGCAGCCAGCGCAAGCAUCUCGGCGCCCUCAAGAACGUCGACUCGGCCAUGGCGCAGCUCAUCCUCGACCAGGUCAUCGACAACUCCCCCGGGAUCACCUGGGACGCCGUGGCCGGGCAGGAGGGCGCCAAACAGGCCCUGCAGGAGAACGUCGUAUGGCCGGCGCUGCGUCCGGAGGUUUUUACCGGAUUGCGGGCACCGGCACGCGGGAUCCUGCUGUUUGGUCCGCCGGGCAACGGGAAGACGCUGCUGGCCAAGGCGGUGGCCACCGAGUCCAAGCAGACCUUCUUCAACAUCAGCGCCUCCAUCCUGACGUCCAAAUGGGUGGGGGACAGUGAGAAGCUGGUGCGGGCGUUGUUCGGGUGCGCGCGCGAACUGCAGCCCAGCAUCAUCUUCAUCGACGAGAUCGACUCCAUCCUGUCGGCCCGCAAGGACUCGGAGCACGACGCCGUGCGCCGGCUCAAGACCGAGUUUCUGGUGCAGUUCGACGGCGUGGGCACCACCAGUGAGGACCGCAUCCUGGUCAUGGGCGCCACCAAUCUCCCCCAGGAACUCGACUUGGCCGCGCUUAGGCGGUUCCCCAAGCGCAUCAUGAUCCCGCUGCCGGAUGAGGAGGCACGCAUGGGGAUGAUUAAGAAGCUGGUGGGCGACCACCCGGCCGCGUUGCGUGAGGAGGACUUCGAGGAGAUCGCCGACAUGACGGAGGGCUACUCGGGCAGCGAUCUGGCCGCCCUGGCCAAGGACGCCGCCAUGGGCCCCAUCCGCGAGGUGGACCCCGCCCGCGUCCCCAAUCUCAAGCCCAAAGAGAUUCGCCCGAUCACGUUGGACGAUUUCAUCGACGCCACGCGGCGCAUCCGUCCCUCCGUGCCGCCCAGCUCCAUCGACGACAUGAAGGCCUGGUCGUUGAAAUACGCCGAUUGCUCGUGAAAUUUUAAUGCUGCUAAUUUUUUUGCUGGGUUAAAAUUUAAUUGGUUGAUUCUAUACUGCAUGGCAUUCCAAUAAUCGUCUUUUUUUGUUCGAGCCGAUUUUUGGUUGGGAUUCUGUUGUCUCCUGCAGUUGUUGUGAUAUAGCCGUUUUUUUUAACGAAUUUAUGCUGGAUACGAUUAUAAUAAGUAUUUAAUUUUACGCGCUUCAAUGGCACUGACGAAACAUUGCGGGUCAAUGCCGAUUUUAUUAGUUUAUCCCCGGAAGCAAUAAGGUUAUUCUCGAAAAUAAAUUACUGCCGAA